ACCACCACAGCUGGAGCUGUGAUUGUUCUUUCUACUACUCAUUUGCUUUGAAGAGGCUUAAGAAAAAACAGAGGAAUACGUCUUGUUUUUUUCAGCAUUCAUCAGAAGACGACAUUGCAACAUGUACAGUGGAUAUGGAGGGAGUCCCUCCAAAGCUGUGUCCACCAUGUCCCUUUCUGUGCGCCCCACGCGGAGGGUCGUCGCCAGAUCCAUCACUAGGAGCCAGUCCUUCGCCGGAGUCAACUCCUACGAUAAAUCUUACAGGAACCUUUCUGUGUUCAGCACCCCAGCGUGUAUAAGGAAAACUCCCUCCAGAGCAAGCAGGAUGUUCACGCUGUCCACUAAAUCUCCUCCCCCAAAGGUGCCCCAGCCUGAGAGGCUGGACGAGGUGUACGAGGCCCUGAAGAGAGGACUGCAAUCCUACCUGCAGGUCCAUCAGAUGGAGCUGGACAGUCUGAACAGACAAAUGAAGGAGUCUAAGAGAAACUCUCGCUUGGGUUUUUUGUAUGAACUUGACAAGCAAGUGAAAGUAAUUGAGAGAUUUAUGAGGCGGCUGGAGUUUCAUCUCAGUAAGAUUGACGAGCUCUAUGAGGCCUACUGUAUGCAGUGCAGACUGCGAGACGGAGCCGAUAAGAUGGUGAAGGCUUACACAGCCUCUCCUGGCAGCAGGGAGGCCAGAGAGAGUCUGUCUGAAGCUAACAAGAGCUUCAAAGAGUACACGGAGAAUAUGUGCAUGCUAGAGAGUGAGCUGGAGAACCAGCUGGGGGAGUUCCAUGUCAAAAUGAAGGGCUUGGCGGGUUUUGCACGACUUUGUGCUGGAGAUCAGUAUGAGAUCUUUAUGAAGUACGGUCGCCAGCGGUGGAAACUGCGGGGUCGGAUUGAAAUCAAUGGCAAGCAAGUGUGGGAUAGUGAGGAGAUUGUCUUCCUCCCCCUUAUCACAGAGUUCCUGUCUAUAAAGGUGACGGAGCUGAAGAGUCUGGCCAAUCACGUGGUGGUGGGAAGUGUCUCGUGUGAGACGAAGGACCUGUUUGCUGCCCUACCUCAAACAGUAGCUGUGGAUAUCAAUGACUUGGGCACCAUUAAGCUCAGUCUAGAGGUCACCUGGAAUCCAUUUGAUAAAGAUGACCAGUCGUCCUCAGCUAGCACCGUGAACAAACCUCCUACUGCCAACAAACGCUUCUCUACCUACAACCAGAGUCCUCCAGAUACACCCUCUCUACGAGAGCAGGCCUUCUAUACAGCUCCACGGAGCAUGAUGUCCAAACAGCGCUGGUCCUUACUGGAUGUGUUCAGAGACACACUGACAGAGAAACUGAGUCAGAGCUGCUCAUGCAGCGAUGUCACCUCGGUUCGCCUGGGUUCGUCUCUGCUUUCCAGCCAUAAUAUGUUGAGGAGACAAGAGGAGAUGGAGAACGGAACGGCGUGGUCAAACUCUUCCGAAUCCUCUGACGAUUCCUCUAGUCCUCAGCUUUCCUUGGGAAUGCGCCAUGCACACAAGAACUUAGUACAGCCUGAGGUACAAACUGCUCCUCCUGCCAUUGAAAUCUCAUUUGCACCCCGCGAAUCGACGACCUCUACUCCCACCCGCCUGGCCAAUCAGAAAGAAGAGGAUGAGGAGGAGGAAGAAGAGGAGGAUCUGAAGAAACCAACAGCCACCAUAACAGUCACCACCGAGGCUCCUGUGAAACAGGAAGUGCCCAAUGGCCAUCCCCGCUAUUCUCGCUCCCUUAGCCACAUCAGCGAGAACAGCGCAGAUGGUGUUUUGACAGAUAGACUGGGUGGGGAAUCCUUGGAGGCCCAUGAAGUGACUUCAGUGGUCUCUUCGGUAUUUGUAAGUGACAUUGCCAUGGAUAUGCCCCUCCGAGCGGAACCGUGUUUUGUAGUACCAGACACUCAGGAGACCUGCCCCAUUCCUGAUCCCUCCACGAGUGAGCCAUCCUGUCCCGCUGAGCCACUGAACUGUUCAAAAAGUAGCUCUCCUGCUUGUGACUCUGAAAAAGCUACAGAGCCCACGUCUAGGCCCACCUGUGGAGACAAAGACUCUUUCCCCAAUGCUAAUGCUUUGUUACAGCAGAUGGACUCCGAGGAUCCUAGGACUGAUUCCUCUCAUGAGCCACACCUCACAAAGACACAAACAGAUGACCUGCUGGCAGAGAAGUCUGGUUCUUUAGUAGACACCAGACCCAUGGGUGAUUUGGAGGGACAAUCAGCAGACAGCGGUUUGCAGGAGGCCCUUGGUGCUGUUUUGUCCUCCCUUGAUGACUACAGAGGCCAGUUCCCAGAACUACAGGUCCUAGAGCAAGAGCUGAAGCUGUUGGAGGAGGCACUAACAGUACGGAGUCGUAGUCGCUCAUCCAGUGUCAGUUUGACGGUUGAGACGGCUCUAGGGAGCUUUGACUUCCUUAAUACAUCAGACCCGGAGGAAGAGGAGGAGGAUGGCGAGAGGCAGAGCGUGACAGACAGCGCAGAGGAGCGGCCAGCGGCUGUGGAAAGCGCAGGAGAGGAUGAGGGCUGUGAAGCCCGAUGUUGGGAUACUCCCUCCGGUCCUUUUAGCACAGGCUGCCCGACUCUAGAUCACACCCUGCUGGUUCAUCUGAAGAACUGCAGCUCACAGCUGCUGAGGUUAGGCACAUUUGGGCCUCUGCGCUGUGGGGAGAUGUAUGCUCUGGACCGACUUCUCAGGGAGGCCAGAGUCCUCGAGCUCAUACGAUGGGUUGUGAAGGACUCGAGGGGCGAAGUCAUCCAACCAGAGGAAGUUGUUCCUCAGUUAGAUCAGUGCCAAGGGGCUGUGUUGCUGUGGAGGCAGUGCACGGAUGGCUGCAGUGUCUACAGCACCUCCACAGAGGCCUUCUUACAGGCACUCAGCAACACUUACGCCAGCAGACUCCCUGAGAGAGGAGCCGGAUUCACAGACACAGUGAAUGACUUGGACACACACAUUCCUGAGCUGGCUGAAGAAGUGUGGCUAGUUCAGUGCCUGCAUUCUGGAGAUCAGGAUGUUGUGGUAAAAUCUUUGAAGAAGCCUCCAGAGUGCAGUCUGAAGAGGGAGGGCUUGCAUGCAGUCAGUCUGCUGCUGAGGGAUCCGAGGGGGAAAGUGUGCAGUGCAGCCAGCUCCCUGCUGCGGAGUCUAGCUGACCAAACCCGUCACAGGGAGAGGGCGCUGGUGAGCUGUCUAGAGUUGCUGGAGGAUGAAAGUGUUGAGACGCGGGUGUGUGGAUGUAAAGCACUCGCAUGUCUGAAGGCCAAAGAGAGCAUCGAGCAGCUGGUGUAUCUGUGCCGGACAGAUAAGGAGGAUGUGAGGGAUGCUGCCAAACAAGCUCUGCUUGUGCUAGGUGAGGAGGGCAAGAUAGCCCAUCGACACCUUGGGUCCUCACAAGAUGGAAUGUCCCGGCUGUUUGCGCCCGGCAGCAUGGCCAGUACAGCUUUCUAACACAAUCAACUGACCGAUACUUGUACUUGCGUCUCAGUAUCCUCACCGUCAUGAUCAUGCCAAUUACAAACUUUAAAUGCACACUAUUAAAAAAGCUAUCAAACAGUUUUAAUGACACAAAUCAGCAUUGUCCUCAAAGACGUGGACCGAUGUUAUACAAUCAUUGGACAAGAGGUCUUGUAUGUCAGCCUGUAUGCUCUUAAUAUUUUGGAUAUGGCCUAAGAUGAACUACUGUAAAGUGAUGAGGUAAGAUACAUAGUGGGAAUGGGUUUAUAAAGAAUGUUUUGCUGCCUUAAGAUUCAGCCCAGUGGUGUUGCCUUCAUGAUUCAUGGAAUGAAGCUGGACCCUGAUCAGCAAAACAAGCGAUGGGAGAUAAAGUGUGGUUUUCAUUUUAUUGGUGCAAGGCAGUGACUACCUGCAGAGUACAUAGAGAAUCUGAUUUUCCACUUUGUUAAGAGUGUUUAUGUGUGUGUACAUAAUGAUUGGAGAGUGUAUGUUGGUGGCUGAGGGGGUCUCCAUCUCGAAACGUAGGAUGGGGAUCUUGGAAAGUAUUUCCUUAUUAAUCCCAAACUUUCAUAGGGACCUUGUUGCCAUAGUAACAGUGCCAUUCCAUACUGUCAUAUGCUUUAUUGAUACAGAAUAUAUAUCUAUAUUCCAUUGGAAGUGUACAUGUUUUGUGUUGUAAUUUAGUUUAAAUGUUUAAAUGCUCAAUAGCCAAUACAGAUCUGAUUUGAUUCACCGUUCACUUCACGUUUAAGCCACUGGCAUUGUAAUAUCUGCUGUAAAAGUGGUGAAGCUGUUAAUUUUUUAUUCAUUUUUGAAGAUGUCAUCAUUAUGAGUGAAAGCUGUAAACUGUGGUGAAUAUUGCCUUUUUGCAAGAGGUUCCGACAACCGUUCCACGCUCGUGAUCUGUAGAAUGGCCAUAGAUCAUGUUUGACUCAGAGCAUUUCUCCAGUGCUGCUAGACAGAAAGGUUCUGAGUUGGAACCAGAGAAGGUUCGUUCAUUUUUACAUAACACUAUUUUCUAGUUCAAUCUGUUACAGACUUAAAUGACAAAGAACGCCUCUUCAGUGUAUAAGUGCCUCAAAGUAGUAUGGGGAGCAAGAGAAUUAGAUAGACUUUAUUUAAAACUCGAGACUGCGGUUUAGGAUUGCAAACUGCAGAACAGAUUUAAAUAUAUUUUUCAUUAUUAUCUACAGAUUGUGCAGCAUUAAAGAAGUGAUUUACUUUUGAUUUUUUUUAUUUACUCUAAAUAUGUAUAUUGUCUGACAAGGAUAUUGCUGACAUCAACUGUAAA